AAUGGCACAAACAGAGAAACUUCAGAACAUUGAAACUUAACAGCAACAUAAUAACAUCUCUAUGUUCAACAAUUGUCCCAAUGAUAUGUUGCCAAGGUUCAUAUCUGCGAAUCAUUGUAAUCACAAACUCAACGGAGAAGAAGAUGUUGAGCUAAGUCUUGGACUUUCAUUGAAUGGCAGAUUCGGUGUGGACCCAAAAGCCAAGAAGAUUACUAGAUCUAGACCAUCUUCUAUAGCAGCAGAUUUUGUUAACCCAUUAAGAGAGAAUGGAAAUGCAAGUAGGACUUGUUCUUUGCCAACAGAGACAGAGGAGGAGUGGAGGAAGAGGGAAGAGAUGCAGACACUUAGGAGAAUGGAGGCUAAAAGGAAGAGAUCAGAGAAGCAAAAUUUCAAAGCAGUGAAGGAUAACAAUAGGGGUGAGGAAGAUGAACAGAGAGAAAAAGGCACAACUGGUAAUCACCAUCAAAAAGAGUUUCUUAAGAGCUUCAAUGGUUUGUUUGGUGUUGCUAUAGAAGGGCUGUUAACACAAGCCGAAGUAGCACCACCACCAUUAUUACUAACAUCACAAGGCACUGCAUCUUCUGGGAUAACAGAAUUUGAAAGCCAGCCAGUUAAAGCUGGGAUCUUCAUGCCCAAAGUACUUGGGCAAGAUAUCCUUUUAAUGCAAGCUUGCAUAACUUCUCCCAGCGUAGCGACACACCAGGCUAAAGCAGAACUCUCUUUGAAGCUAUGCAGGGGGAAUGCAUUUGGAAUGAACAAAUGUGUUGAGUCAAGAAGCCCUGUCAGUGUGCAGUCUUUGUCAGAGUGUGAGCAGAAAUCGAUCAUAGCGCUUAGAUUAGCACUAGCUGAAAAAAUAGGUGUCCCUGCAGGAGUUGCAAUGGAAAAGAACGGAUCUAACAAACUUAUAGUCGCUGAGAAUGGAACUAAGGAGGCAGUGAGAAAUGUGUUGGAGGAUAUGCCAUAUGUGUCCACAAAAGGAGAUGGUCCCAACAGGAAACGAAUAGAAGGUUUUCUCUACCAGUAUCGUAAAGGAGAGGAGGUGAGGAUUGUAUGUAUUUGCCAUGGAAGCUUUCUCUCAGCUGCUGAGUUUGUCAAGCAUGCUGGUGAUGGUGAUGUAGAGCAACCCCUAAAGCAUAUAGUUGUUAACCCUCCCCCCUUUUUGUAAUGUUAAUCUCGUGCAAAACAGACAGCGAGAAAAAAUAACCAAAAAGGUUUAAGGCAAAUGAAAUUUCUGUUUUCUUUUCAGUUUCAA